UAUGUCUCUGAGUUUAUAGGCAACAAAGAGGAAAUGCGUCUGUGAAAAUUUGACCCUUCUCUCAAAAAAGAUUAGUUAUGGCAUGCCGUUUAUUGAUAUGUUUGUUGCAUUUUGUAAGUUUUACCUUGUCCGCAAGCACAGAAAUAAGUGGACCUGGAGUUUGUAUGCUACCAAAUAGCACAAUCAUUAAGUGUUGUGCAGGAUAUAUGCUCGUAGGAAACAUGUGUUUAGAAUGUAACCCUGGCUACACCGGUGGGAACUGUUCAUCGACCUGUCCAUCCGGGUACUUUGGACGUCAAUGUAAUGAACGAUGCCGCUGCUCCCAGGAUGAGUAUUGUGAUCCAGCAAGAGGAUGUCUGUGUAACUCAACCAGUGAUUACUGUAGAGAACAAGAAUUGACGACAGGAUUUGCCAACAAUUCAACAGCAAAUCAGUCGCAUAUAAAUAACAUUCUCUCGUCGUUGGUACUUGCCAUAACCGUUCUGGUCAUCGGUAUUAUUUGCAUCAGAAUGCUGUACUCAAAGAUAAUGAAAAGAAAAGAUUUACACUCCGUGCAGAAUGUGACAACCACAGACAAGUCGGCACUAUGUGUAGACCUACACCAGAAUGCCUCCCCUCAACAAAUCGUGGAGAGUAUCGAUAAAAACUGCAAUCCACUGAGCACCGUCAGUCAAAGAGUCGAUGAAGAGAUGAGCAAUUCAAAACAAAGGCAACAAAACAAUGGUUGUAAAACUUUGAUGUUUAGAUUUCCUAAGUCGGUGACUGAUGCAGCUUCUCGGCGACAAAAAAUGCAAUCAAAACAUUUGGUAUCCCAAGUACCAGCUAACGAUAAAGAAUUAUAUGCGAAUUACGUUGAUUUGACUUUUACAAACAAAUCUUUCAGACCUGACAGUCCGAUGGACAAAAUGGACUCAUGUGUGUAAAAUUAUCCACAAUAAGUGUAAUAUAGAUUGGACGUCAUAAGAGGCAGUUUUCAUGAAAUACCAAAUAAAUUUCAAUUUUAAUAAGACAUUAACUGUACAUAUAUAUUUUGAUUAAUUCAAUAAUAGAUGCAUCAUUUUAUUUACGUUAAAAUUAUUUAAUAGUUAAAAUUCUACGUCUUGUCUUGCUUAUUUAAAAUAGUAACAGAGUCAGAUUGCUCAACAUUUGCUCCAGUAACCAAGCAUUGAUGUUACACAGAAAAACGACUGAAUCAUUUGAUUGCAGCGAGAUAAUGAAACUUUUACUACUUUUAUUUUAAAAAAACUGACAGUUUUGUCAAAA